UGUUUGUUCUAUUUAUUUUACUAGCAUUAAUUUGCCAUUAGUCCUGUCUCCCUUUGGACAGAAACUUUCUCCUCUUUUGCUCACAACACAGCCCAUGGUUCCUCUCCUCCUAAGUGUCACACCCUUCCGCUACUGAAAAUCGCUUCCUAUCCCCCUCUCCACCCUGCUUUGGGGAGAAGAAGGGAGUUGUAUCUACGGAGUGCCUACAGAGAGAGGGCUUUAUACUGCCUUGUCAAUGCAUCUAAGUCCAGGGCAUCCUUCUGAGAAUGAAGAUGGUAAGAUGUGCCCAGGGAUUGGUGAGGAUAAAGUAAAGUGGGCAUGGAAAGCAUCAGUACAAUGCCUGGUGCACACUCAGAGUCCACAAGCCCUGGCUGACCGUGACUCCUCCGGCACCGUCAGGUCCUCAGCUGUGGGAGAAACGCUGUCAAGGCUUCAGAGCUGCCCAAGUGUAGGAUUUUCCAAAGCCUCAUCUUGAUGAUGUUACUUGAUGAAAAGAGGAGUGAAAUGACUGUGAAAUUCCUCAAGCCCAUAAAGGUGACAAAAUGGUCCCUCCACACAGUGAGGCAGACCCAGGUGCCUGGGUUUAUAAAAGGGCCUGGCAGUGAGGGAGCGGUCAGAAUCCUUCUCUUUCUCUGGCUUCAUCUCCAGCACACCAGUCAUCAUGACCUGCGGACCGUCUUGCUUUAGCUCCCGAAGCACCAUCUGCAAGUCCACGCAAAGAUACAGCUCUGGCGGGGCCUUCAGCUGCGCCUCGGCCUGCGGGCCCAGGCCCGCCCGCUGCUGCAUCACGGCCGCCCCCUACCGCGGCGUCUCCUGCUACCGCGGCAUCACCGGGGCCUUCGGCAGCCGCAGCGUCUGCGGGGCCUUCCGCUCCGGCUCCUGCGGCCGCAGCUUCGGAUACCGCGCCGGCGGCGUGUGCGGGCCCAGCCCUCCCUGCAUCACCUCCGUGUCGGUCAACGAGAGCCUGCUCGCGCCCCUCAACCUGGAGAUCGACCCCAAUGCGCAGUGCGUGAAGCAGGAGGAGAAGGAGCAGAUCAAGUCCCUCAACAGCAGGUUCGCUGCCUUCAUCGACAAGGUGCGCUUCCUGGAGCAGCAGAACAAGCUGCUGGAGACCAAGUGGCAGUUCUACCAGAACCGCCAGUGCUGCGAGAGCAACCUAGAGCCGCUGUUCCAGGGCUACAUCGAGACGCUGAGGCGGGAGGCCGAGUGUGCGGAGGCUGACAGCGGGAGGCUGGCCUCUGAGCUCAACCACGUGCGGGAGGUGCUGGAGGGCUACAAGAAGAAGUAUGAAGAAGAGGCCACUCUGAGGACCACAGCAGAGAAUGAGCUUGUCAGAAUGAAGCAGGAGAUUAACUGUGCCUAUGUGCGCAAAGGAGACCUGGAGGCCAAUGUCCACAGCCUGGUGGAGGAGAUCAACUUCCUGAAGACCAUGUAUGAGGAGGAGAUAAGAGUUCUCCACGCCCACAUCUCAGACACCUCAGUCAUCGUCAAGAUGGACAACAGCCGGGACCUGAACAUGGACAGCAUUGUGGCUGAGAUCAAGGCAAACUAUGAUGACAUUGCCAGCCGCAGCCGGGCUGAGGCUGAGUCCUGGUACCGCAGCAAGUGUGAGGAGAUCAAGGCCACAGUGAUCCGGCACGGGGAGACCCUGCGCCGCACCAAGGAGGAGAUCAAUGAGCUGAACCGCAUGAUCCAGAGGCUGACUGCCGAGGUCGAGAAUGCCAAGUGCCAGAACUCCAAGCUGGAGGCUGCAGUGACCCAGGCCGAGCAGCAGGGUGAGGCCACCCUCAGCGACGCCCGCUGCAAGCUGGCGGGGCUGGAGGCCGCCCUGCAGAAGGCCAAGCAGGACAUGGCCUGCCUGCUCAAGGAGUACCAGGAGGUGAUGAGCUCCAAGCUGGGCCUGGACAUCGAGAUCGCCACCUACAGGCGCCUGCUGGAGGGAGAGGAGCACAGGCUGUGUGAAGGCAUCAGUGCUGUGAAUAUCUGUGUGAGUAGCUCCCAGGGCGGAGUUGUAUGUGGGGAUCUCUCAGCCACCCGCACCUGCGGCAUCAGAUUCUGUGGCACAGGAGCCUGCGGCAGCAGCUGUAAGAAGGGUUAACUUGGUAUGGCUUGAGGAAGGACGGGAGCUCCCAGGCUUUUCA